AAAUAAGCUAAUCAGAAUUCAAGGUAGUUACUGAACGGCUAAGUCUGACCGAAUACGUUGAUGACGCUGCGGAGCUCAUUCCAGGCAGUUGAGACAAAAAGUCUCCGAGCCGGGUCAUCUUUACGACGCAAACUUCAUUUUAGCGGGAACGUACCAAUAGUUGUGCUGGGCUACACCUCAGGGGUAUGACUAUAAGUAGGUAGUAUUGGUAAUCAUUCACAGCGAGACUAUAUUGUGCUGUGGUGUCAAGUUCACUAUCAAAGUAAAGGACCUACCUACCUAGGCAGGAAGCGAAUUAUUAUUCUACACCUCGAAGAUGACCGGAAACUCCCAGCCCCGUAUCCUCGUCAUCGGCGCCGGAUCGAUGGGAAUCAUCACCGGCUACCACCUCACUCUCGCCAAAGCCGACGUAACAUUCCUCGUCCGCCCGCACCGCGCGCAGGACCUAAAUCGUCCGCAGAUCCUCUACUGCUACGAAGACAACCAGCUCAAAGAGUACAGCGGCUACAAAUACAUCACCGACCCGUCGGAGAUCAAAACAGCCGGGGCGCCGGGCUACGACUUCAUCGUGAUCGCCCUCGACGGCGCCUCCCUGAAAAGCGAGACGGGCGUGGCGCUCGUGAAAGCAAUGGGCGAGGCUGCGCGCAAGACGAAGACCAAGGUCAUCCUCGGCAGCGUCUUCUUCAACCUGCGCCCCUGGUUCCUCGACGUCUCGGGCCUCGCCGGAGACCAGGUCACCAACGGCCACCUCGACAUCCACGCCUACCCGCCGUCGCGGCUGACGCUGCCGUCGGAGAAUCAGGAGGUGAUCGCAAAGGCCGACUUCGCGUACACCGACAAGCUGGGCCACGGCUUCACCGUCGACGAUAGCGCGCCCGCGGUUGCCGCGGCCUUCGCGGAGCUGUACGGCGCGAGCGGGGUGUCCGGCUGCAUUGUCGCUUCCGCGGCGGCUAGUGCGGUGGCGAUCAACGCCCUGUUCCCCGUCUUCGCGGCGUGCGAGCUGCUCGGGUGGCCGAAGCUCCGGGACGUCGGCUGCGGCGCGAACGCGGGGCUGUGGACGCAGCUGGUGGUGCCGGCCGUGAGGGAGAUCCAGGGGCUGGGGGUUCACGGGGAAGCGGGGCGGAAGGCGGCGGAGGGCAAGGGGUUGGUGGCGGAGCUCGGGGCGUGGGAGCAGCAUAUGCUGCCGCUGGACUUGCAGGCGUUUAAUCGGUUCCAUCAUGGGGAUAAGCUGAGGGCGCAGGGGCGCGAGCAUUUGAGGGCGUGUUUGGAGGAGGGGAGGGGGGAGGGGAAGGAGAUGAGGGCGUUGGAGGGGUUGUUGGGACGGUUGGGGGAGGGGGAGGGGGAGGGGGGGAGUUAUUUUCCUGGGUAG